AUGGCAUCAGAGUGUCGAGGUAAGAGUUCAUGGCCAGAGCUCCUGGGAGCACAAGCAAGGGUUGCAAUAGCAACAAUUGAGACGCAGAAUCCAUAUGUUGACACUCAGGUAGUGUUGGAAGGAUCAGUUGUGACUGGAGAGUUCUCUUGCACUAGGGUUCGUGUUUGGAUUGAUAGGAACAGAAUUGUUACUCGGGUUCCUAUAAUUGGUUAA